UCGGCGGUAGCCCCGCCCCCUCCGAAGCUUACAUUUACGCUGUAGCUAAAGAGAAAGUAACUCUGUGUUGCUGCUGGGGAUCAAUGAAGCUGAGUGAAUGGGGGCGCACUGCGCGAGCGCAUAGCUGGAGCCGGCGCCAGAUGGUGGAGGGCUACGCUUAUUGAUGAAACUCUUGAGUUCUUCUUGAAUUCCCAGUUUUCAGCCUCCUCAUGCCUCCAUCUCCUUUAGACGACAGGGUAGUAGUGGCACUGUCUAGGCCUGUCCGACCUCAGGAUCUCAACCUUUGUUUAGACUCUAGCUACCUUGGCUCUGCCACCCCAGGCAGCAAUAGCGACCCUCCUGUCAUUGCCACCGCCGUUGUGACCCUCAAGGCUGCGAAUCUGACGUAUAUGCCCUCAUCCAGCGGCUCUGCCCGCUCCCUGAAUUGUGGAUGCAGCAGUACUAGCUGCUGCACUGUGGCAACCUACGACAAGGAUCACCAGGCCCAGACUCAAGCCAUUGCCACGGGCACUGCCACCACCGCCAUAGGAACCUCGACCACCUGCCCUGCUAACCAGAUGGUCAACAAUAAUGAGAACACAGGCUCUUUAAGUCCAUCGGGUGGGGUGGGCAGCCCUGUGUCAGGGACUCCCAAGCAGCUAGCCAGCAUCAAAAUCAUCUACCCCAAUGACUUGGCGAAGAAGAUGACCAAAUGCAGCAAGAGUCACCUGUCCAGCCAAGGCCCUGUCAUCAUUGACUGCAGGCCUUUCAUGGAGUACAACAGGAGUCACAUCCAAGGAGCUGUACACAUUAACUGUGCCGAUAAGAUCAGCCGGCGGAGGCUGCAGCAGGGCAAGAUCACUGUCUUAGACUUGAUUUCCUGUAGGGAAGGCAAAGACUCUUUCAAGAGGAUCUUUUCCAAAGAAAUUAUAGUUUAUGAUGAGAAUACCAAUGAGCCGAGCCGAGUGAUGCCUACCCAGCCACUCCACAUAGUCCUCGAGUCCCUGAAGAGAGAAGGCAAAGAUCCCCUGGUGUUGAAAGGAGGACUCAGUAGUUUUAAACAGAACCAUGAAAACCUCUGUGACAACUCCCUCCAGCUCCAAGAGUGCCGGGAGGUGGGGGGCGGAGCAUCUGCGGCCUCAAGCAUGCUACCUCAGUCUGUCCCCACCACCCCUGACAUCGAGAACGCCGAGCUGACACCCAUCCUGCCCUUCCUGUUCCUUGGCAAUGAGCAGGAUGCUCAGGACCUAGACACCAUGCAGAGGCUUAACAUCGGCUACGUCAUCAACGUCACCACACACCUUCCCCUGUACCACUAUGAGAAAGGCCUCUUCAACUACAAGAGGCUGCCAGCCACUGAUAGCAACAAGCAGAACCUGCGGCAGUAUUUCGAAGAGGCGUUCGAAUUCAUUGAGGAAGCUCAUCAGUGUGGGAAGGGCCUUCUCAUCCACUGCCAGGCCGGCGUGUCCCGCUCUGCCACCAUUGUCAUCGCCUACUUGAUGAAGCACACACGGAUGACCAUGACUGACGCUUACAAAUUCGUCAAAGGCAAACGACCAAUUAUUUCCCCAAACCUCAACUUCAUGGGGCAGUUGCUGGAAUUCGAGGAAGACUUAAACAAUGGCGUGACACCACGGAUCCUCACACCAAAGCUGACGGGCAUGGAGACAGUCGUGUGACCGCAGGCAGGAUGGAAAGGCCAUGGCUCAGUUAGGAGAGGAACAGGAAGGAAGGAAGGGGGAUUCUGGCUUUGUUUUUGUUUUCUGUUUUUCUUUUCUCUACUUACUUUUUUUUUUUUUAAGUUGGGGUAAUGUUUGUGAAAGGAAGCAAACUUGUCUAAACUAUUUUUAAUAAGUGUGAGAAGACUAUAUAUAAACUUUUGAUGCCUUUGAGCGUCACUUCUCUUAAGCUGGUAUUGCAGGGAGGUUAAAGAGGUCAUUUUUUUAAGCCAACCAAUAAAGAUAUAAACUUGUUUCUCCCCGGUUUUCCUUGUAAGCUAUUGUAGAGUUUUGACUAAAUAGUCUGUGCGGGCUCAUAGACCGAAGAUACCACACUUGAGUUACAAAGAACCAAAAGUGAAUGGAAAAGACAUUGACUCUAGACCUGGGACUUGCCUGGGCAACCAAGUAGAAAACAAAUCCCACCAACCCAUGCCCUGCUGCGCUCACUGGUGUGACGUGACGAGCGGGCAGCCGCGGUGGUGUCAGCUCGCCUCCUGCCUUCUCUGCAGAGACAGAGGCUGUUGUGGAUUUUGUGUGUUUCAUGCUCUGGAUACUUUUUCCCCUUCUCUGGGUUUGAGAGAACUUUUUUUUUUAAUUUCUUUAAUAGAAAGAAAGUGUCCAAUAUACUAUGUGCCUUUGUUGGCACUUGUGCAAUCAAAUGGUGUUUGGAGUGUGCGGGUGACUUAGAGUUGGCAGCUGAGUAAUGGAGUGACCCAGCUUGGAGAUAGGAAUUCAACAAUACCAGUGGCCUCCCCUUCCACCUUUGUCCUCCCCUCCCCUCUCUUUCCUCCUUCUUCCCCUUUUCUUUCUUUUUUGAUUUGAUUCUGGUUACAGUGCCAUAAACCUUGUUACAUAUGUAUAUCAGAAUGUAAAAAAAAAAAAAAAAAAGACAAAAAUUUAUUUAAAAAAUAUU